GCGGCGCAGGCAGCAGCCACGGAGUUUCAACUGUUUACCUUCUAGUUCGCGACAAUGGUCUGACCUCUCUUUUCGACUUCGAUCCAUAAAUGAUAUUUGAUGUGAACCUGUUUAUUGAGUACAUUUUGGAAGUGAUCGAGGCAAAAGCCUCUGUUGGUUGCAAUCAUGUUGAUCAAGGAGUACAGGAUUCCUUUGCCGAUGAGCGUCGAGGAAUAUCGCAUCGCUCAGCUUUACAUGAUUCAGAAAAAGAGUCGUCUAGAAAGCACUGGUGAGGGAAGUGGUGUUGAAAUACUUGAAAAUCAUCCUUAUAGAAGCAAAGAUGGUGAAUGUGGACAGUACACCAAAAAAAUAUACCAUAUUGGGAACCACCUGCCUAGCUGGUUGAAGGCAAUUCUUCCAAAGUCAGCUUUGAGAGUUGAGGAAGAAGCUUGGAAUGCUUAUCCAUAUACAAAGAUGAGAACAACAUGCCCCUUUGUAGAGAAGUUUUAUGUUGAUGUAGAAACAUAUUAUCUUCCUGAUGCUGGACAAUCGGAGAAUGUUUUUAAUCUUAGUCCUACUGAACUAAGCAACAGAGAAGUUGACCUAAUAGAUCCUAUAAUUGAGGAGGUUUUAACAUCUGAUUAUUGCGAAGAAGAAGAUCCUUUAAUGUACAAAUCUGAAAAGACGGGAAGAGGACCAAUGCCUGCGAACUGGUUGGAGCAAUAUCAGACAGAUAAGCCUCCAUCUAGUGUCAUGUGUGCCUAUAAACUCAUCAAAGUUGAGUUCAGAUAUUGGGGCAUGCAGAACAAAAUUGAACAUUUUAUUCAUAGUGGCCUUCGGCGUCCAAUGCUAAUGGGACAUAGACAAGCCUGGGUUUGGCAGGAUGAGUGGUUUGGUCUUACAAUAGAAGACAUACGACAACUUGAAGAAGAAACAAGAGCUAUUCUUAAUCAAACUAUGGGAAAGCAAUUUGAUUCACUGCAGCUUGGAAACCUGUCAGAUCGAGAGAGUGACCAGGAAGGUGGUUUUGCUAGCACUGAGAGCAGGGGAAGUGUAGUACAUGUCCCAUCACUUAUCGCAAAGCGUGAAUCUAUUCAUGAAAUAAAUGGAUCAAAACUGGAGCUUAUAUCAAAAUUUUCCAUGGAGGAUUCAGAGGAAAGCUCACCAAUUCCUCCCAUUGAGAUAAAAAUAGAAAGACAUGACUUCGAACGCGAGGGAAUGCCAUUUGUGUCACAAGAACGUGACCAGGAGUACCCAACUAACAUGAGAGACUCAUUCCCUCGUUCUAUAAGGUCGUUUAGGGACAGCAAACGAGGAAGUGUUACUAGUUAUGAAAGUGCUUCAGCAUCAUUGCCGCCAUGCCUGUCRCGAAGAAUGUCAUGUACUGAUGUGAUGAAGGGAUGGCAAAUGACUAGCAUUGAGACUUCAGAUUCCACUUCAGAAGAUGAAUUUUUUGAUGCCCAAGAGGAACUUGAUAGUCCUUCAGAAGGCGAACCAAUUGGAACCAAUCUCCUCAGCAUCCAAAACGUCGAGCUCAGUAAUAGUUUUAAAAGCUUGGAACUUGACUCGGAUUCGUCCCGUGGGUCUCGGGAAUCUCUUGACUCUGUCGGGUCGUCGAUCAUCGAUCAAUCUCGGGGGCCCCCUUACGUUCAUAAAGAAAAAUUGUGCAAGAAAGUUAGUGAUACUUCAAUAUAUUCAAUUUCCUCGUGUAAAAUAACCACACUUCUGUUAGUGGUUCAUGGUGGCAGCCAACUAGAUUGUGACCAGGAUAGUUUAUCUAAAGAAAUGGACUGUGAGUUACUGAGAGAAAGUUUUGAAACGGUCAUAAAAACGCACUAUAGGGGUGCCGUGGGGAGAAUAGCAAUACGUUUGGUAGAGUGUCCUGCUGUCUGCUCCAAGGCUCUGGGUAUACUGUCUCAUCUAUGUCCGUAUGUUGAAAAUGACUCGGAUACAAUGUCGUGUUAUUCUGGGAUUUGUCCCAUCUCCAGUAGCUUCCCCAUAAGUGCUAUCCCUUUAAUGGUGACAUCCUCCCCAAAUUACGACGAAAUGGUGGCAACGAUGAUCGGCAAUACUAACCGCGUAUAUCACGAUUUUCUUCGUUCAGAAGAAGGACAGGGUUUCUCUGGAGAGACUUGCAUCAUUGGUGAUUGUAUGGGUGCAUUGUUAGUGUACGAUGCUCUUAUAUCAUUCCGAGGAAGAACAACAAGUGUUACCUCAUCGAACAGUUAUCAUAUCUCAUAUCCACCAAACUCAUCAAACUCGUCUUUAAAUGGUGACUCGGAUGUCACAGGCUCCCCCCGACUGGAAAAGCCGCGGAGGAUCAGUGCUCAUAUACCUCCAAACAAGAACACUUUAGCUACAUCUAAAAGUCUGCGCAUGUGUGUUAGUAGUGGAAACAUCCGUGAGAACCUGACAAAAAGCACUGUGGAAGGUGAGAGUGGGCAGGGCUCUCCGGAAUCUCAGACUAUAGACACAGAACCUUCAAGUUUGAAACAAGGCAUGGAAAAUAAGAACAGCUGUGAUGGCUUAAACUUGUCACUUGAUUCUAUUGAUCAAGUUGCAUUCGACUUUGAAGUGUCCAAGUUUUUUGCAUUUGGUUCCCCCAUUGGACUUGUUGUUGGUUCCCGGAAAUUCGUUCGAGGCGAGGAUUAUAAAGAACUACCUCCAAGGCCUACAUGCGCACAGUUUUAUAAUCUUUUCCAUCCAUUUGACCCAUCGGCUUCACGAAUCGAGCCUCUCAUCAUUCCAGGAUUUGUCCAAACACCAUCAGUGAACGUUCCACGAUAUCAUCAUUUUCCUUUGGGUGAUGGAAAAUCUCAUUUUCUCAGGGACACUUGGUCUAUGAACCCUGAACUGUUUAGUAACCAAACAUCGUCUCCUCGACUUAGUCCUCGGGGAUUGUCUCGACCGGGCAUUGUAAGACACGAUAGUAAUAUGAGUACUUCUAGUGUGUCGUCAUUGGAUAGUUUAUGCGAUAGCAAAUUCCCAGAGGUGGAACCAGGUUACUAUUGGUGGGGUCAAAAGCGAUUAGAUUAUGCGCUGUACUGUCCAGAAGGCUUACAACAAUUUCCGACCGCUGUCCUUUCACCGCUUUUCCACGUUAGUUACUGGGAAUCYWSUGAUGUGGCGGCGUUUGUCGUUAGGCAGGUUCUUCAUGGAGAUUGGAAUAUCUCAAGUGUAUCUUCACCAAGCAAAAGAGGAAUGACUUUCUCGCCCUCGCAACCAAGGGAAAAAUGGCUGCGGCGAAGAACAGCCAUUAAAAUCAAGAACCUGAACUCGAAUCAUCGUGCUAAUGACAGUGUAGUUAUGGAGGGAAAUGCACAGGUUCUAACGGCUAGGUUCAUGUAUGGACCACUAGAUAUGGUAUCGCUGACUGGUGAAAAGAUUGAUAUUUACGUAAUGUCGCAGCCCCCCUCAGGUGAAUAUGUAUUACUAGACACGGUUAUAACGGCCAGCGGUGGUCGGCUAGUGUACACAAUACAAGAUGACAAGAAACUUCCUGUCGGAAUAUAUCCGUUAAAGAUGGUAGUCAGAGGAGAUCAUACCUGGGUUGAUAGUAAUCUCGCUGUCCUGCCACCAAAGACAGAGUCAGUCGUAUUCAGCAUCGAUGGGUCAUUUACUGCUAGUGUGUCUAUAAGAGGAAAGGAUCCUAAAGUACGCGCAGGAGCUGUGGAUGUCGUAAGACACUGGCAAGAACUUGGGUUCUUGAUUAUUUACGUCACAAGUCGCCCAGAUUUCCAAAAACAUAAAGUCAUGUCAUGGUUAGCACAGCAUAACUUCCCUUACGGUCUGGUCGCCUUUGGAGAUGGAAUCACAAAAGAAAUACAGAAACAUAAGACGGAAUUUUUGCGAAAAGUUGUUAAUGAGGCCAGUGUAAUUGUCCAUGCUGCAUACGGAUCCAUAAAAGAUAUAUCAGUGUACUCAAGUGUUGGUUUAAAACCUGACCAAAUCUUUUGUGUUGCGAAACACUACAACAGAAAAUACGAAAGACAGGCUCUGUUCCUAAAAGAUGGGUAUGCCGUUCACCUUAACGAGAUGUCAAGUAAUCCAAUCUCACGACCUUCGGCUGGAAAUUCUCGUCUUAUUCUUCGUCGAGGAUGUUUUGGAUUAUCAACUCGGCCAUCCAAAGCACGCCACAAACAACUCAAACGAACAAGUUCAGACAAGAGUAAAGCCACAAAGAACCUUGAGCCUUYACAAUCUGAAAGCGGUCAAAUGUUAUCAGGGACAUUCAAUUAUUCCUCGUUUCGACAGACCAAAGGUCUUUCCAUCACUAAAAUACAAUGAAUACUGUUUUAUUUGAAGCAGAAUAAAUCGAAGAAACAAUGCUUAUGCCCUUUGAGGUAACUGGUAGAAGCAUUGACUUGCUCUCCCGAGGCAAUUUGUAAAUUUAUUAGGCCUAUGCUCUUUUAGGUCGGUUGAAGAAGCAGUGUUUUGAGUUAAUAGGUAGAAACCUUGCCUGUUCUCUCUGAGUAGAAGCAAGCAUACAUUAUGUUUUUAAGAAGCAAGUAUAGACGUACUUGGUAAUUAAUUGGUAUAAAAUAUUUCUCUCCUCUUUGAUAUAACUUGCAGAAACAGUGUAAAUGGUUAUUGAGGUGAGAGCAAUUCUCUUCUACUUUUAUCUAAAGUAAUUCGUUAAAGAAUUGUCUGUGCCCUUUGAGGUAACAGUAUAAAGUUGAUAGUUCGUUCAGUCGUCGUCAGUAUCAAGCUUGUUUUUUUAACUUAUUAGGUGUGCCUUUUGACCGGGCAGCUUUUUUUGCAGGUCCGAUGGCAGAGACUGACCCAAUCAGGUUGAUAAACUGCACGAGCAUAUCUCGUGACUAAUACUAAGUCAUUUGAUUGAUGCUAUUUAGAUGAACUUGUCACAUAGCAUCCAUGCCUGUCUGCAAGGCAAGUAGUGUGCGAAAGAGCUCACGACAGAGAGCUCAAACCUAUUUAUAUGAUUUUAAAUUGAAGCCGUUGCAACGUGUAUAAACUUCAUUUUGUUUUAAGACUACACGGUCACCAAGCUCUAUAACGGAUAGAGGAUGAGUAAAUUUUAUUAGGAAAAAUGCUCUUGAUGCUGUUUAGAGAAUGCGUUGACAGUUACCUUGACAUUACCUUGUGGAUACCUCGGGGUUAGAAUAAGAUGUUUUUUGUUUUCAGUUUACUGUAAUAUUUUUUCCUUAUUGUAAAUAUCACAAAAGCUCUAUCGGGUYCCACAUAUUUGUUGUCGUUUAAGUCGUUAUAACGUGAAGUGGUAAMGAAUUCACGUAAAAACGUAAAGAUCAAGCAUUCAUUUUAGAAAUGAUUUAAUUUUUUUUGGCUAAAAGGGCUUAACUAAUAUAUAUUGAGAAAAUCUUGGCUCAUCGCCCUCUUAUGUGAUUGACUUACAGUAUCUACCGGGCGGGUACUGACUUAUUUAUUGGUGUUAUCUCCACCAUUUUAAAAUCUAUUAUCCUUCUGUCCUUAUGUACAUAAGAUUGUAUCAGGUAGAAGUAUGUUUGWUUAGUUCAGAACAAUCUUCAAACCGGCUCGAUUCAGUCGGGUCCUUUGAACACACAGGUUUUCCACAGGUAGCUCAAUAUUCGAUAUUUGUCUUCAAUUACUGUACUUCGAAUCGGAUAGUAAGAUCCCUUUAAACUGUCAUGCCUUAGAAUAUUCUGCAUUACCUUCUGGCGACCAAGGAAUUACAUUCUCACAGAGGUUUAAUAAGUCACAUAAUUCUGUAGUAAAUCAGCACAACUAUCGAGCUUGGGCUAUAUGUGGAAGGAAUCAUAAUAUUGAAGUUAAGUGAAACAUGCGUCACUUUCCUGCAUUAAUGUGGAUGUUUGAUGUCGUAAACUUCACGUGACAGGGACAUAUGACGUCAUGGAUUACAUUGAUAAGUAAGGUUUAAAAUAUGACAUAAUAUAAGUACACAUUCCUUUUAUUUUAUUAGCAGAAAGGUCAGUAGGCUCUUUGCUAUAGUUUGCAUACACUGAAUGUAUUCUUGUCGUGAAGUGAAUACAUUUUAACUCGCCAAUAGUGUAUUGUGUAACAUAGAUGAUACAAUACAACAUCUCUUCCGCCACAAAAGCCGUUUAGAUURCGUAAGGCUUUAAAUAAAUGCCGCAAAUGGUUCAAAACCGUUGCCUAACGUUGAAUGAUAUUGAUAUUAACAAUACGAUGUAAAAUAUUGACAAUGAUCAUAUUAAACUAUGUGAGUGUAAUUCAG